AUGCGGCUUACAACUGCUCAUCAACUUGAAGAAAAAGAUGUGCCUCUCCUCAUCCUCUCCUCAUCCGACGACCCACUCGACGACCCACUCGACGACCCGCCCGACGACCCACUCGACGACCCGCCCGACGACCCACUCGACGACCCGCCCGACGACCCGCCCGACGACCCGCCCGACGACCCACUCGACGACCCGCCCGACGACCCACUCGACGACCCGCCCGACGACCCGCCCGACGACCCGCCCGACGACCCACCUGACGACUCACUCGACGACCCACCCGACGACCCACCCGACGACCCACCCGACGACCCAAUCGACGACCCAUUCGACGACUCACUCGACGACCCACCCGACGACCCACCCGACGACCCACUCGACGACCCACCCGACAACCCCCCCUCCCACUCGACGACCCACCCGACGACCCUCCCCACCCGACGACCCACCCAACGAACCCACUCCCCCCCCCCCCCCCCCAUCCCGGCUCGUAGAAGAGAUGCUACAGGUCUUCGAGGCGGCAGAAACCUUUAG